CUUGCUUAUCUAAACAACCCCAGAUUCUAGAACAGAUUUCUGGAUUACGCAGUAGGUAGCUACUAAAAUAGUAAGAAAAUAGUAAAAGUAUCAACGCAGGUUCAAGUCGAUAAACCUCGAAAUGCACGUAAGUACAGUAGAUACUUAGAUAUUUAUAUUACAGUCCUUCGGUAAAUAUCUGGCACAUCAGUCUUCCUUUCACUAGUUUCAAUCUUCCUUGAUUUAAUAUCUUUUCCCUUUCCUUGUCGCCAACCCUCGACUACCUAUACGAAGAAGAUGGACCUCGAAACAACUGAACUCAAAGAAGAUGCCUGCUACGUCGCACUUACCCACGACUAUCUCAACGUGAAUAGUGUGAUGGAUAGGGUUCGUAGCCCUCAAGCAGGUGCAAUAGUCAUGUUUGCGGGCACUACUCGUGAUAAUUUUGGCGGAAAGCCGGUGAAGGAGCUCCGAUACUCUGCUUACAACCCGCUGGCCUUGCGCACUAUGCUGUCCAUAUGCAAAGAAAUCCAUACCGAGUAUGGCCUCAUAGCAAUAGCCAUGGUUCAUCGGCUUGGAACCGUACCCAUCGGGGAGGAGAGUAUACUCAUAGCAGUAUCUGCCCCGCAUAGACAGGCUGCGUGGCGAGCUGGUGAACGAGCCCUUGAAGACUGCAAAGAACGUGUUGAAGUCUGGAAGAGGGAAGAGUUUGAAGGCGAAGACGGCGUUUGGAGAGCCAAUAGGGACGGCGCAAAAGGAACAUUUACAUCUUGAUUCGCUAUCCUACGUCUGCUUACACGGUUACACCAACAUCGAACCUAACAACCUGAGGUUUAUGGAACCUAUCUACAGGGAUACCCUAGGAUGGUGUCUUAUCUGUCUGCUGAGAACUUAGUAUCGAAACGCAUUCAAUUCGACUUACACCCUAUGAUCCACUACUCAACCCAAAGCCACAUAUACAUAGUAUGUGUGUGCGGCAUACCGGAUAUUAUAUAUUAGAUUGCCGGUUCUAAAUGGGACGAAAAUAACAAUAAGUUGACCCGUUCAUUAACCGGUUAAAUGGCUGUUGUUGAGCCAAGGAGUAGCAAGGGGGCCUCGAUUUUUGUAUAUAAUCGAGAUGGUGUGUUCAGGAGACACUAGAGUGUUAUUUUCGUAUCUGUCAUCUUAUGCGGAUCUUUUCUGCUUUUUCUCGUUAUCUGGACAGAAUAAGAAAAAAAAUCUAUUACCUGACUACAUACAACCUGCGUUGUAUCACGAGACUACAUGUAGACGGGCGUUUGGUCUGUUGCGGUUUAGAUUAAUGCAGGUGUGUAUGUGACCGGGAACGGAGCAUAGAACAUCGCGAAUCUGCCAAGCCAUAAGGUACAUCCAUAUGUUACUG